CGGCUGGUACAGUUGUCGAGCUUCGUCAUAGUAGCAAACGCCAGUUCCUCCAGAUUCGCGGUCGCUACCAGAUGUAUUUUCAUGCAGAACGUAACGACAGUGGUCUUGACAUCUUGGUCUAAGAAUGUGUUCAGAUUGCAAUGUACUGUCACCUACGGUGCAAGUGUGUGAAGUUCGUUUGUAAGCUUGAGAAGAAGACAUAUCUGUUUCCUGGUCGGUAUAAUCAGAUGUAAUGAGAUUUCUGUAUUGUAUGAGUGAAGAAACGUUUUAUAAAAGGAACAGACUUUAUCUUUACAUAACUUCAUAAACAUACCGUCAAUUUUAAUUGACUUCAUAUUCAUAUCUUCAUAUUUUAUGGGCGUCAUAGUCCAGUGAAAAAAUUCACGUGCUUCGCAUCACAAUGAAAUUAUUUGUGUUCAUCGUAUUAGGGGCCUUGCAGGUGGAGGUAUCCCAAAGCCACAACGUAAUUCAAAAGUGCUGUUUGAAGCAGGAAGAACUCCACGCCAACGGCCGAGACUGCGUCUUGAGAUCUGCUGAUCGUUCGCCAAUAGGGAACAUCGAGACGGCAUCAGCGAACGAACUGGAUAUCGUGAGUGCACUACCAGAACCUUUCAAUUUGACAAACUUAAGAAUAAAGUACGAGGAAGUUUCACAAUGCCAAUUUAAUAAUUUUCUUUUAUUAAAUUUGAACGAAACCUCUCGGUUUACACUAUCCGGCCUGACACUUCACGUGAACUUCACGGAUAUUUCUGGAGGUACAUUUGAAAAAGUAUUUGCCGAAACGCAGUAUUGCUUGGAUACGAUUCAGAAUAAAAAUGAUACACGCCUCGUAAGGGUAUGCACGUCAACCUUGAGCCAUGCUAAAAAGUGCUGCCCUGAAGGCACAAAAUUGCGAAGGAACCGUUUUAAUGUUCUUGAAUGUAUAAAAGAUCGACGUCCUUGGUCUCUACAAGACUCACCGUUGCUAAACUAUACAACAGGAAAAACAACAAAGGACGUUCUUGCUAACGUAAUCUCUCUCUGCGCACCAGAAAACUUCAACACAACUUCGCCCGAUUACUUGAAGAUAAAUAGUUCAUUACAUCCAAAUCUUUUCCUGAAUUCGAACGCCUCUACCUUCCUAAUGUUUAAGUUCGUCUGCGUGGAUCACUUGAGUGAAUACGGGAAACAUUCCGAUUCCGAGGAAACGGUGGGCGUGUGCUAUCGCUCGGACGCCUACCUGAAACCGUUCUUCGCCGUGCAUCACCUGUGCCCCGUGGCCGCGCUCUUGCUGUCGCUGUCCAUUGCGUGCAUCCUGAUCCGCGCGGAGCUUCGCAAGUCCCUCCACGGCCAGGCCCUGGCCUGCCACGCGACGGCGCUGCUCAUGGCCAGCGUCCUGCGCGCCGUUUGGUGGUACUCCAACUGGUACAUGCCAGACUACGUGGCUCAGUGCAACACUUUAGCUUACAUUCUGAGCUACUUCAUGGUGGCAUCUUCCAUAUGGCUCAAUAUAAUAUGUAUAAACACAGUUAUAGAAAUAAGACAUGCGGAAUCUGGAGGGAAAAUGCCGCAAUUGCGCAAUAUUUUAUGGUAUUCUGCGUACGGAUUCCCGCUCUUCACACCUUAUUGGUAGUUCUUCAACCCUGGCAAGAGAGUGAAAGCUCAAAACUCAAAGCUCACGUAUUCCAUACAAGAACAUGCUUCUUUAAAGAUGAUGUAUCAAGCCAUCUCAAAUUGGAAAAAUUCUUGUAUUAUUACGGACCGAUGACCGCCAUCUUGCUGGUGAAUAUUGUGCUGUUGAUUUAUUCUAUGACGAAGUGCCAGGAGUUGCAAAGCAGUGUCACCGCAAUGCGAGGAGGGGAGAGAAAAGUUCGUCCUCUAUCCUCCAAAACUGUGCCAGAGCAGGCGCUGAUGUACGCGCGGCUGCUCAUCAGCGCGGGCGUGGGCGAGACGAGCGCCGAGAUCAUGGCGUGGGCGCUCAACGACCCGGUGCGGCACGGCCCCGGCGGCUCGCGCCUCGCCGAGCGCCACCUGCUGCAGCUGGAGGUGAGCGAGAAGGAGUUCACCUUCUGGAUCCUCGCCACGGCCUUCGACUUCCUGCGCGCGCUCUCCGUCUUCAUCCUGUGCUGCCUGAGCCGCCGCACCGUGCGCGCCGGUCCACACGCCUUCAAGGCUUACGCGCGGCUCGACGCCCGCCUCCGGCGCCUGCCCUGGCCCUCGGCCGCCCGCACGCCGCGGCCGCGCGCGGGACAGCGUGCUCGCCAUGGAGCCCUGACGACGCGCUGACGGGUCGGGUCGGGUCGGGACUAGAACUGGACGGUACGGCAGCGGUACGGCUCGAUACGGCCACGGG